CACGGACCUGUGAUUUCAAUAGACGAUGAUUCGAACCUAUUACCCUCCUUACUAGAAAUGAUCUGGAAAGUCAAAAAGAUUGGAGUUUGGCCGAUGGGAAACUUAGGACCGAAUGGAUGGGAAGGACCAAAAUAUGAUCCUUUAAAUCAUACGCUUUUGGGUUGGGAAGCCGGUGCAGUUCAAGAUAGGAAAUAUCCAAUCGAUAAUGGAGCGUUUUGUUUUCAUUCAGAUUUGUUGGGAAAAUUGUUGAUCGGUCCAAAGUAUUGGCCUACUGACUUUAGUGGUGGUGAAAGUGAAUUUAUUGGAUUGAUGGUCAAAACUAAAGAAGAAAUUGAACCGAUUUGUUAUAAUUGUCAUGUGGCAUGGCACAACGAGCCUUUACCAAAGGAAUGUACAGAUCUACAACUCUGUGGUUAACCGUAUCUUUCUGAACCCUCAAAAGAACCGGAAUCGUUUAAUUUUCUCCUAAUCUAAUUCUGCAGUUAUGAAAAAAUCAAUUUAUGAUGAUGAUAAUAUGUAUUAUGUAUAUGUAUAUUCUCUUGCAAAGUGUUUUGAAUUUCACUGGUCUUUUUUUUUCGAUUUGUUGUGUUGGAAAUGUUUAUUGAGGGUUAUAGAGUGUGAUGUAUAUACUUUUAUAGAUUUGGUGUCUAGUGUAUCUCAUGGGCAAGGUUUUUUUACAAUUAUCGAUGUGAGGAUUUGAGACGUUUGCAAAGUUGUGCUGUUCAAAUUGCGUG